AAAACAACUUUCAACUAUAAUUAGAGACAAAAAGCACGAUACUUAAGUGAUUAUUGGACUAUGUAUUAGUUCAUAAAUGAUCUUACUCUGUUUUAAAACUCUUUAAUUCAAAAGUAAACAGAACAUUUGCAGUGUUGCGUUAAAAGGAACCAAUGAUAACAGACAAAAACGGUAAAACUGGUAAAAAUUGUCAUUUAAAGACAAUAACUCAAAACAUGUACUACUUGGAGUCGUCUGACUAUUUGAUCGAAAUGGAAAUCAGAUAGAUCAUAUCUUUUUGAGCCUUUGAAGUCCUAUCGGAUUGACACUAUCUAUGAUUGAAUUUCAAAAAUAGAGAUAGUAUACCAAGAGAACCAGGUAUUGUGCAACAUGGACGUCAUUCUACUUCCUGCAUUUAAUUUUUGCUUCUUCUCCAUGUUUGCAUUAUUGAAUUUUGAGAUUGCUACAGUACAUACAUAUGGUAAUGUAACACUGAAUUUCCAACCAGAAAUAGUACGCAUGCAUCAGAAUAUAAACAUUACAUGUACAGUUCAUGGCAUAGACAAUAUUAAUAAUAAACUGACGAGACAGUGGUCUAAAGGACCAGAUCUGAUCUGUUACAAUGGUCAUCCUAUUGAUUCUUCUAAGUACACAGAGACAUUACCAUCUGGGAACCAAUUCAUACUACAGAUAAGAAAUGUAACCGAGUCGGAUGUAAACUGCAAGUACCAAUGCCGGUACGGGUUCGAAGCACAAGCAAAGAGCAUACAAUUCUCGAAGGAAAACUUCGAAUAUCCUCCAGCAAAAGAGGUGAGAGCUAUUGUUCAAAUAAACGAAACGGAUAGACGUUUAACUGUCAAUCUGCACUUUAAGAAAGUAUUCCCAUUGCCAACAUGUACUGCUUUAAUUGGGGGUUCAAUCUGUUCUUUUAAUAUAACAUCAUCUCAAAGCUUUGGAAACUAUUAUGAGGUAAUUUUGCGACACCAAUCUUUAGACAGACUACCGUGCAAUGCGGAUGUGAUAGUAAAAUGUAAAUUAAUACACGAGUACACCAUUCCAACAGAAGAUCUCCGGGCAUGCUCAUUAAAAGAAAAUCCAUCCAAAGAAUCAAGACUUGUAUUACUCGGAGUAUUUAUUCCCAUAAUACUGCUUAUAGUAUUACUUGUAUUUUUGAUAAUCUCAUAUCGAAUGAAAACAUCACAUGUAGAUGGGUGGGAGAUUGCAAAUUGUCAUAAACUGGGAAGGCCUUGUCUUACAACCAGUAAAGGAGAAAGCAACUCGAUUAGCAGGAUGAGCUCCAGUACAUCCAACAUGUCCAAUAUAAACUCAGAUGAAAGUUUAGAUCUCUUGGAAGCAUGCCUUGAGAGAGAGAAAGAGUCGGAAAUUGCAAAAUCCCAGAAACUGGGACUGUCCUAUCUUGCAACGAAGGAAACAGAAAAACAUUCGUACGCAUGACCUACCUAAAGUUUGCCAUCAGGAAAAAUUGGUUUAAUUGCUACAAAUUGGAAAAUAAAAACCAAAAACCAAAAUGAGCAUUUGUGGGUUAAAGUUUUUUUUUCUAGGUCAUGCAUUGUUUCGAGCGGAUUUGUCAUAUUUGUUUGUCCUGUUGGUGAUAGUUCAUAUUGACAAGAAUGAUCAUUUUCACAUUUAUAAUUCAUGGAGUUACACGAAAAAAGGAAAAAAUGAAAUUGCCAAAAAAAUAUUCCAUAAUACUUAAUUGUGUGUAGGUCUAGUUAUUUUUAUGUAAGUUAUAUGUUUCCUUUUGGUUGAAUGAUUGAUAAACACAAAAUAUGAAAUAUGAUACGAUUUUGUCUUUGUGCUCUUUAAAUUUGUAUUGUCUUUGUGCUAAAUUUUUAUUGUCUUUGUGCUUUUUAAAUUUUCAUUGUCUUUGUUGUUUAAACUGGUUACAGUCUAUUGUUGUCUUUUUGACACCUUCCCCGGUUUCAUCCUUUAUUUUAUAAGCUAUCCUUUGUAAUAAAACAAGUGUAUUUAUCUUUCAAAUUUUUACAGUAAGUAACGAUUCAGUGUUAAAACAUUUACUUAACCGAUGGUUUAAUAGUUUGUUAUGAAUAAUGAUGUUUAAGGGUGAGAUGAGUCGAUUACCAAUCAAAAUAUAUUUUUUAAUAUCUAAUCAUUUGAUUAAGCUUAUCAAUGUAUUGUGUAGGAGCAACACAACAGAUGUUGCUUAUAGACCAGGAUCUGCUUAUUCUUUCGGAACACCAAAGAUGUUGUGUUUUGUGUACUGGUGUAUGUUUUUUGUCGUUUGUCGUUUUUUUGCCAUGUCAGUGUCAGUUUGGUUUUGACUUAUGAUCUUUAUUAUCCCUUUGGUAUCUUUUUUCCUCUAUCUUACUAAAGAAUAUCAGAUAUUCAAGUUAUUUUGUUUAAAUGUAAUAUGUGUUGUGUUGCAACUCAUACAUUGUUUAUUUCUUAUUUUGUCUUGAUAUAAAUUUGUCUUUGUUUUUGUUUGUACAGGAAUUUCAUUCUAUUUGUGAUUCAAAAUGUGCAGCAAUAUUUAAAAUGCAUGGUGAUGUUUUUUCUUGUAAAAGGUGGGGGAGGGGUAGUCUAUUUUGUUUUUGUUUGAACAUAUAUUUGAACAUCUUUCGGUUUUCAAAUACUGUUCAUAGAGUUCAUGAAACAGAAGCUUUUUUUGGUAUGAACUGAUUGUUUUAUAUCAUAUUUCAUAUGCAUGGGUAGCAGGACUAUUUUUUUUUAAUUUAAAGCCUCCCAAAAUAUAAUGUACUAAUCAAGACUGCGUCGUGGUAUAACAUGUGGGAGUGGAAUAGAUCAUAAAAUAAUAUGGCGUAUUCAUAAAUUACUGCUCUUCCUUGUAGUUGUAAAGACAUUUAAUCUACUUAUCUACAUCAAUAUUAUAUUACCUUUUACACUUUUGAGUUUGGGGUUUACUUUAAUGAUACAUCUUGUGAACAAAAUACCAAAGCUAAUGCUGUUUCAAAUAAUGUAAUAAGAUUUGGAGUAAGAUAGAUAUCAUCGAAAUUUAUUUAAUUGAUAAAAAACGCCGUAUAUUUAUUCGCAUCUAUUAAAAAAUAAAUAACAUAUGUUCUAUUUAUAUACACUUUUUGUUAACAAUGGCGAACCACUGCAUAUAUUUUAGUCAGUUACUGUGGUAGAAAUUAAUGUAUUAAUGUGGGAUUAAAACAUUUGUAUAUGACUCACUUUACCAUUUUACUUAUCAUAUUCAACACAAGUAUUGUAUCAACAUUGAAACAAGUUUUAAAUAAUAUUUUGAUACACUUUAUGUAGUAAAUUACACUUAAAUGUUUUAUAAGUUAUUAUCAUAUUUACUUGAUAUGCUUGAAUUUUGUUUAUCUCCUGUAAAUAUUUGAAAUUGAUGCAUUUGUCGUAAAUGUUUUAAACAAAAAAGGAAGUGUUGCCAUUCACUCACAUCCAUACUUCAAAAACACUUUCAUAACAGUGUCAUAUAGAUGUUUAAUUGACUGUAGGUUAUUGUCAUUUUGAACGUAAUGGUUAUAUGAAAUUAAAACGAAAAAAAAAAACAUUAUUAGCAUUGCUUUCAUCUAAGACAAAUAUGUACAUUUGAAAUAUUAUAGUGCUAAAAUUUAUUACAAAGACAGCUGAUCAUUAUUUACAUUGUUUAAACUAAAGACGUUGAUGUACAUUUGAAAAUUUAAAGCUCUUAAAGCAUUACAUACUAGAUAUAUUUUCAUUACGGAAGUACUUUGUUAUGUUCAUUAGCCACUGUCUCUAUACUGGCAUUCUUUCUAUUAUUUGUUAUAGUUUAUAAAUUACGUAUAAAAGAGAGGAGAUGAUUCCGAGUGGGACAUCACAAAUAAGAGAAAAACACUCAACAUAACUUUAAUAAUCAUAGUUCUCAUUAUUCAUAUUUUUAUAUUCAUAAUAAAAUGGCGACAUAAA